AUGCUAAUCUCUCAUGCAGCAGAGGCUAUCCUGCGCCAGGCUGCCGACGACGGCUCGCUCGACUCGGCAGAAUGGCCAAAGACGCUGCAGUACAUCUUGGACCGCCUGGAUGAGCCUAGCCCUUACCUUUCACCUUCCUUCCACCCACACCUACACCUCCCCAGAACUGACGACAGACGGGCGGUGCAGAUUGUCAACGAGUUCCCCAAACCACCCACUCCCGCGCCCACACUCUCCGAUCAGACUGCCUCGGCCACAACCGAUCUGCCCUCGCGCCCAAACACAUCCAAUGCCAUCUCGAGCCAAGAGUCGCAUGCCACAGACAAGGAGAAUGCCCCGCCCGACACACCUCCACGGCCGCCUGUGCCUGCCUUUGCUGCCCCAGCCGGGCCCCAGACUCUCCCACAAGACAUCGCCAACUUCUACGCCUCCAUACGGACAACCCUCUCCACCAACUUUGCAAAGCAUCCCCCACACACGGUACAACGGCUGGCAGAACUCGUGCUAGAGCCCAGACGGCGAUACAGAUACCUGCCCGCCUACCUGCGUGCCAUCGACCGCGUCAUCUCCGUCUCCUCGCCCCUCACCCUCUUCCCCCUCCCACAAGCCGUCCUGCCCACGGCCGGCGGACUGCUCAAUGGCACAGCACCCGCCAACUCAGCCUCAGCCACACUCGGAUCCGACGAAUCGCUAGGCGGUGCUCUGCUCACCCCCAUUCCAUGGCUCCAGAAUCGCGGCCAGAGCGAAUUGAUAUCCGAGUCUACUGAAAUGGUUGAUGGGCCCAACGGCGCCGGGAGAAUCGAAACCGUCACCGUCGGCAUGCUGACCUCGAACCAACAACAACAACAGCAACAGCAACAACCUCGCCCAGACACGCCCAGCACCUCGCAACCUGUUGCCCAAAUCGCCUCGUCCCAUCCCGACGGCGAGACCUUGCCCUCGACAGGCCCCGUCACCCAAGGCGAACUCCUACGCCAGGAACAAGAAGCCGGCAGUAUCAUCGAGACGGUCGAGGCCGACGAGGAGAUUCCCCAUGCCAGGGGCCCUGACGUCAUCGGCAUGGAGGAUACGGGGCCGCAACGCGAGAGCAAGGGGUUGAAUAUCGAGGGCGCCAUUGGACGGCCGAGUGUGGGCGAGAGGACAAGCAAGAGCCCUGGGGCCAAGGAGGGAGAGGGUGAGGACAAGGCCGAGGAGGAGCAAGGCGGAGAUGCGGCUAUGAAGGAAGGCGAAGAGAGUGCAAAGGCCGAGGCAGGUGGCGAAGUGGAAGCGAAGAAGACGGACGACGAGGCCACUGCAGAUGUGGAAAUGAAGUCUGGGGGUUAG